AUGGAUGACAUUUUCACCCGUCUAUUUACACUGGCUAGUUAUAUAAGUCGUCGAUUUAUUCAAGUUAUAGAGGAUCUUGCGGUCAGAGAUGCUGAUAGAUACUCAGAUGAUUUGCUGGUCAUUUCUGCUGGACAGCAUUUAAGAUCAUUGAGAAACGGCAUUUGUAAAUCAUUUGCUGAAGGUUGUUCAUCAUCUUCAAAACAUUUUAACCCUGAAACCUGUGAAAGAAGAUCCUCAGAGCCUACGGAAGAUACAAGAUCUGAAAUUGUUGACACUACCAUUACACGGUUUACAAUUUGCUUGGAGAUUGGCAAUUUCUUGUUGGAGAAGUUCUGUCGUGUACGUUGGAUGUGCUCAUCUUCGAAUUUCCUGGCAUCUCGAGUACAGAAAACAUUGCAAGGUUCAUCUGACAAUAUUGGAUGGUUGCCGCGCACUCCUGGCAUGCCUUGUGUGGAGGAUGGUACAGCAAGAUUCUUGGAAUUGCUUGCAGGAAUAAGGAAUGGGGAACACACGUUGCCUAGCUCAUUUGUCUAUCUGCUUAUUCCGGGCCUCUUUAGCAAUCACGGCCCCUUAUACUUUGUUGGAACAAAGAAAUUCUUUUUGAAGAUGGGUCUAGCUUGCCAUAUUGCAAAAAUUCACAGUGAGGCAUCUGUUGAGCACAAUGCAUCGGUAACUCAAGCAGUACAUUGA